GGCUCGGCUGCAGAUGCGGGUCGGAGAGUGCGAGCGGCGCGAGGCGGGGGGAAAUGGCGAACGGGCGCGGGCGGCGGCGGUACGCCUGGUGAGGAUACCGUAGACACCGAGAGCACCAGGACAGACGGGGACGUGAAAGAAAAAGGGGGGGAGCGCGCGCAGCAUGGAGGACUCGGAGCCCGCAGAGGACGGCUUGCUCGCGGGUUUGCGGUGGAACAGGAGCGCGCGGGACCAGGCGCAACUCAAACACAAAAUCCGGGACCUGCCGGGGCUCCUGAAGCACGGGCUGCACCUGCGGAAGAAGAGCCAAUCACCUGACACUAUCCCUGGACCAAGCUCUGGACCCACAGUACACAAAUCUUGCUCCCAAAGUUUCCCAUGUGCUGGCCGGGCGGUGAGGAACGCCUUCCUCUCUCACGGACCGUACCCGGCUAAAGACAAGAUCCACCUGGCCAGGAUCAUACGGCGCAGCUAUGUGGGAGUGGAGCUGGUGCAGUGGCUCUGCGAGCAGUGUGUGUACGUGCGCUGUCGGACGACUGCCGUGCGCGUCUGGCAGGUGCUGCUGGAGCUGGGAGUCCUGCUGUCUGUGGACCAGCGGGUUGUCUUUUCAGACUCCAACUCCUAUUACCAGUUCAGCUUCGAGGAGUGCGACUCGGCGUCCUGCGAGUUCCGCUCCAAUGAGGGGGAGUGGCCAGAGGCAGUUAAGCUCCUCCUCCAACUUGCCCCUUAUGUCCAGUUUCGCUCCGGCGGAGGCGCCAACAGCCCGUCAGAGGAAGACUCUGAGGGCAACAGGGACAUCUGCAGCGAGAUCCUUCAGAUGAAAGCUCUGGAGAGGCUCACCUCUACGGUACAAAGUGAGUUGGCUGCAGCUCUGGCCCGAAAAACCCGCAAAGCUUUAUCAGAGCAGGACUCUGAGACGACGGAGACGAGCCACCAGGAGCCGAGCACCCCCAGUGAGGAGCGCAGUCCGCUGGGCGGGAUGUGCGCGCUGCGGGACGGCGGCGGCGGCAGCAGCGGAGGAGGAGGCAUGGGGACGGUGUGCGGCCGCGAGGAGCUCACCAGUCGGCUGGGGUUGGAGGCCGUUCAGCGGCUGGCGAAGGACGGCUGCCGGCUGCUGCAGAACCACAACUACCGGCUGCCGGACAGGAACCAGGCGGAGGCGGUGGGGAGGGUCUGCCUGAAGGAGCGAGGACGGGACGUGUUGGUGUUGCAGAGAGUGACGUCCUCGGUGACGUCGCCAUCGGACCGCCCCUCGCCCACCUCGUCGGGGGGCGGCUCCAGAGAGGAGGACUGUGACAAGAGAUACGUGGUGGUGUCGGGGACGCCGCUGAAGAUCUUGGAGCAUCUGCUAAGUGACCUGAGGCUGGAUGACCAAAGAGGGGCACCAGAGAGCAGGGAGAGCGAAAUGCUGCUUGAUGACUUCUUGUUGACCUACCUGGUGUUCAUGUCCACAAACGACCUCUGCCAAGCCCUGCUGGGACACUAUAGCAGUGCCCGCUGCAGGGGCCAGGAGGAGGGCAAAGACGCCCUCUUCAGGAAGCGUAAGGUUCUGCAGCUGGUGUCUCACUGGAGCAGACUUUAUAAAGACUUCCUCAAAGAAGAGGAGCACGUCCGGAGCUUCAUGAAGACUCUGUACAGGUGUGUUUUAGAGGACCUGUACGAGUUCCCCACUCUGGAGAAAGACUUGAAGGAGUUCCAGAAACUUCUGCGCCGCAGACACACGGUGGACGACUGCCCUCCAAACCAAAAGAGCAAACAAAUGUAUCAGCAGCUGAGUCUGAAGGAGAACUGUUUGCAGCCCCGCAGUCCACAGACAGAGACGAGAGAGGUUAUUUGCUGUGUGUACGUGAGCGCCGACUCGUACCUGAGCGUCCACACACACCCCUCACUGGAGGCCCACGAGCUUCUGCGGAUUGUGAGUCUGAAGAUGGACAGAGCGGAAGAAGACAUGAUGCUCGCUGUGGUCUCUCAAACUGGAGAUCGGAGAGUGCUGCAGCCCAGCGACUGUGUGUAUUCAGAGUCUCUGACCCCACAGGGGAAGCUGGUGGCCUGUCGCAGGGAUCUCAACGAGAUCUUGCCUCCUCUAACAGACAGUGCAGAGCUCAGCAGGAGGCCAGUUCGCCUCUUGGGCAUCAACACCUGGGAUGUGGCAGCUGCUCUCACACACCUGGACUGGAGCCUCUUUAAGUCCAUUCACGAGCAGGAGCUGGUGUACUACACUCUGAGCCGCGCUCCGGGGACCGGCCACACGGCGGCGCUCUCCGUUCUGCUGCAGCGCUGCAACGAGGUGCAGCAGUGGGUCAUGUCAGAGGUGCUGAUGUGUGUGUCGCUCAACAAGAGAGUGCAGCUGCUCAAGAAGUUCAUCAAGAUCGCCGCUCACUGUAAAGCUCAAAGAAAUUUAAAUUCUGCAUUUGCCAUCAUCAUGGGUCUGAACACGGCUGCUGUCAGUAGACUCAACCAAACAUGGGAGAAGUGUCCGGGGAAGUUCAAGAAGCUGUUUUCUGAGUUGGAGCUCAUCACGGAUCCAUCUCUGAACCACAAAGCCUACAGAGAAGCGUUCAAGAGGAUGAAACCUCCCAAAAUCCCUUUUAUGCCGCUUCUCCUGAAAGAUAUCACUUUUAUCCACGAGGGCAAUAAAACCUUCCAUGAUAACCUGGUCAACUUUGAGAAGCUGCACAUGAUCGCAGACACCGUGAGAAUGAUCCGCCACUGCCAAAGCGACCAACCAGGCAAUGAGGUGAUCGGGGUCGACAGUGCAGAGGUGAGGGCGAGCGUUCACUACCUGCACAUCAUCGACAAUCAGCAGACGCUUUUCGAGCUGUCCCACAAACUGGAGCCGCGCGCCUGAACACACACACACACACUCACAUGUCGACCCACCGAGUAAAACUCAAACCCAGUGGACACUUCGUAGUGGGAAAAGGACCUCUGUGUGACGUGGGAGACACUCAAACACACACUGUGGUAGAAUCUUAGGACCAGCAGCGACGCCAAACGGACCUGAAGGAGGUCUGAAGAAAGCCUGUUCUUCAUAGACGUUUAUACCCUGGACUUAAAGGAUGGAAACACUCGACACACACUCCGAAUUUCCUGCUGGAGCAGAUCCUGUGCAGCAAGGUGGACAAAUUGCCUUGAGGAGGCUGUAAUUAGUUUGUACAGUAUCUAUUAGAAUGAAUAUGUUUUGUUCUUGUGAGCAGUCUUUGGUUAUUUAUGAGCCUCUUCAGCAGGUGGAAUGUUUAUUUCUGUCAAGGCCUCGUCACACUCCAGAACACUUGAUAUCUUCUUCAUACUUUCACCACAGAAGCAUCUGGAGAAAAGUUUGAUCUGUGGGGAAAAACAGAACAACCCCCCUGUCAGUGGUCAAACAGGAUUUCAUCUGACUGAUAUGGUGAGUUCUAAUGUGGAGUUUUUCUCCGAUUAUGAAGCAGCAGUCGAUGCUGAAACACUGGUACAUUUUUACAAGCCUGUAAUUCUGUGACUAUUCUCCAUGACUCUCAGUUUAAACCGUUGAUGAGUGAGAACAGGAGCAACCUGAGUAGUGAGUAGUGUCCAGCUUUCUGGACAGGCUGUGACGUUUGAAACAUGAAGGCUUCCUGAUUGUGAGUAACGAGCAAUUAACAAUUCUCAGCUUAAUUUAAAAUCCUGCUUCAUUUCUUUCAUUUAUUUUUUUUUGUUUUUGUUUAUUUUUUUCAUCUCUCUGAUGCUUUGGUGUCAAAAGAGAGUGGAUUUUACAUUGUAUAUAAUAAGGACCUACUGUAAACAUGUUUCAGUGCCAAAUGUCACGUUGAGUGUUGCAACACUACAGAUGUACUUUGUUUAGGAUUCUUUUUGUCACUGACUUGUAUUUCUCGCUCAGACGAGCCUCAGAUGUCCAGUCCUCGAUCAGGUGAAGCUGAUCUGACUACUGACUGAUAUUUUGAUGGCUGAGCAGCAAAAAGCAGCUUUUUUCCUCAUAAAUCAAACUUUUUGGAGUCAAUUCCAAAUACUUCAACAGAGGACUUUAAAUAGGAAGUUGAAUGCAUCUAAUCAUGUUUAUGAGGCGAUGUUGACACUGAUUCUCUGACUGAAGACGCCUGUUUAUUCAUGUAAACUGUGAGAAACAUGACAGGGUUUAAACAAUGAUGGAAGCACAAGAACACAAAAUUCCUCUUUGAAGGGAAAAUGGCCUCAAAGGACUUUAAUUCAUUCAUCCUUUAUCUUUUCUGCUAUAAUCCUCUUAAAAAUAAUUAUCCUUUGUUAAUCUAAUCAAUUCCUAAAUUGUGUGACAUUUUCUUCAAACCACUGAAUGACACAUACUUGUUAUUCAAAGCAGUGAGGAAGCAGCCUGCCUUGUUAAUAAAAUGAUCACUUUGUAGUCACCAGGAGAGAACUGCUGCCUGGGACUGUGGUCAUAUUUCAAGCAUUACGAUCACAAUUAUGAUGCAGACAGAUCAAGAGGAGAAAUGCAGUUUUCAUGUUCAAUUGAAUGUUUCUAUUCAUGUCCGGGUCAAGCUAUUAAAUUCAUUCAAAGAAAUAUAUUCCUGAAGGGAAAAGUGCUUUACAAUGGAAGAUGUCACCACAAGCAUUUUAAUAGGAGCCAAGAGUUUUUAAAAAUAAGAUGGAAAUAUGUCCAUAAAGUGGGAUUAACCAGUCGUUCUUUGUUGCUCCCAGUGUUUCUUUGUACUUCAUAAAUGCCAUAAAAAAACCUGAAUCUUCACAUUUCAUGCAUCUGCAAAGUCCCUGAAUGAUUUGCAGGCUCUGCUUCAGUUCAAGCUGAAACUUAAUAUUAGCUCUCAGUUGGCUGUAAUAUUCAAACAUGCUGAAGUUUUUUUGCACAAAGUAUUACUUAAACAGAAGAAAUAUAGUAGUUUGUAAUGUGUUGAUUGUUAACUAUUUGCUCCUGGUCUUACUGAUGCUGUUGCAGCUUUUUAAUAUUUUCAAAAUGAGACAUUUUAUUGUUGAGUUUUUCUCUUUUAUUCUCUUUUAUUUCAAUUAUUUUAGUGAAGCGUAAAUCAGUGAUCCAUUGACAGCUAAAGCUCAGAAAUCACGAGCCAUAACUUGUUCAUGUUCAGUUUCAAACGACAGCCUUGUUUUAGUCUUUUUUCUAUUGACUUAUACAGGAUGCACACGUGCACAUUCAUGCCUCUGCACAUAGUGUUCAAAGAGCAGCAUAGUUAUGUUUAUUUAUUGUAAAAUGUUUAUUUAUGUAUUUUCAGAGGUGACAAAAUGUUUUUUGUGCCAUGUUCAGAGAUGCAACUAUAGUAGAAGUCCACAGUUGAGAAGAGAAAAGCUGAAUGUGUGUGGUGGUGUGACCACUAGAUGGCAGCAGAAGGGAGCGUCAGUGGGAGGAUGUGUCUGUGGUCUACUGCAGUGAGGAGGAACCACCAGGAGGCUGGAGUCACUCUUUAGUUGUUCAGUGUCAGGAUGAUGUGAAGUUAAGUUGCUGAUGGGCUUUUUUUUCUCCUUUGUUUUUUAAAUUAAUGUUUAAAAACGGUUUGCAUGAUGAAAAAAAACAGAGUUCACAAUGUGAGAGAGGACAUGUGGAAGGCUUUCUACUAUUGUAAUAUUGUCGAUGUGUAAAUAUAUGCCUAAGUUUGGUAUGUUAUUAUUUAUCUGUUGUAAAUGGGAAAAAGAAAAAGUCAGCCACACAGCAAUACGUCUCCCCUUGUGUCUCCUCAACCUUCAGUCAACUGAAGUCACGUCUUUUCUAAAGCGUUGUUUUACUAUGUCAAAAUUUGACUGAAAAUGAAUAAAUUCUAGGUUUUCUGUGACAUGUCAA